GACGACAACAGUUCACUCAUCACUUAACCAGCACUUUGCAGAAGUAAUUGCCAGUGCCCACCUUGAUGUGACUGGACCACCGAAUGUGUACCAUGCACCAGCAUUCAUUUCAAGUCUUUCUAAAUACUUUCUUCCACAUGCUACCUUGUGGUCAGGAAUGCUGCUUGGAGACCUUGGACGGCAUGGCAAAGGAUCAGCGUAUGUCUUUCUCAGUAAACGGUACAAUCAGGUGUCGCAGUUGAACACGCAGAACUACACUGAAGACAACCGUACACAAGGGAUCAUGGAAAAAAGUCAAUGGGACCUGAAAAGGAUUCGUUUUGAUGGAAAGCGUCUCACUAGAUUAGAUGACUUUGUGCUCAUAUAUCAAAGGAAACAUGAUGGUCUUCUCAGAGAAUAUGGAGAUGUGGUCAACAAAAGGAGGAAGUCUUACCGAGUGGAGACCGAGAAGUGGAAGAAAAUAAGUAGAAAGCGAAAAGGCUUCUAUGUAACUCCUCAGAUGGGAAAACAAGUCAAACAGGAUUAUCUACAAGAACCACCAGACUCAGAUGUGCCCACAGAGCAGACUGAAGCUGUCACUACACAGAGCACAGAAGACAUCCAAGGAUGGGAUUUGCCAAACAACUCCAGAAAAGUCCAGGAGGCGGAAAAGGGCAAAACAUUGGAUAAAUUACAGGUCACAGCACUGUGGAAAAGAGAGGAAACCGAAGUUGUCGUUGCUGUGAUUCCAUCACAAAUAAAAGGGAACAACUUUAUAGUUCACCACAGCGAGCUGCAAUCCCUGGAACCUCAUCAAUGGUUAACAGGCGAGAUUAUAGAGUGUGCUCUGCAUGUUAUGGCCUGCAAGCUGGAUUUGGGCAGUAAGAUAUACAUUCUGAACCACUACACUGCUGGUGUCAUCCUGUUUGGGAAAAGAGAAAUGAUGAGGAGGCACUGUUUGUCAAAGGUCAACUUUGAUAACUACGAGGCAAUUGUUUCGUUUGUGAACGUUGGAAAUGUUCACUGGAAGUGCCUGCCCUGUGUUUUCAUCUACACGUCUCACGAUCUACUGUCUCCUAUGCUGCGUGUUGUCCCUGCCAGCCACCGGGCCGAGCUGGUUCAUUUUGUGUUCGAGUUCCGAACAGUUGUCUGUUUGCCGUCCGGCAUUAUUGCUGUAGUUAAGUUCAACAUUUGUUUCCGCGACUGCAUUUUGGGUACUUUGCCUGCCUGCACGUGGCCCUGA